CUUAACCAGAAACCGAGCAGCCCCCUCCCCCCAGCUCACCCCACCCCACCUCAGUUACACAGAAAGCGCAAACUCAAAACGACACAGAGAAAAGAGAAGAGGUGAUUCAGAGCUCAUUUCCCAUUCUACAAUGUCUAGCAGCAAGAAAAAGUACAUUCUGAACACACUGACUGUGAGCUUAGGAUGCAGCAGCGGUUGCAGACGGCCGAAACUCUCCGCCGUGUUCAACCCAAGGCCAAGGCACAGGCCACACUCCGCCCACCGCAAGCCCCGCCACCACUCCUCCUCCAGCUCUUGGGACACCAACACCACCACCUUCUCCUCCGCCGUCGACACCCCACCGGUGUGCUACUCCUCCGACACGGACUCUGACAUCAAGAGCCUGAGGGCGGUGCAGGGGUUCGGCAGAAUCGGCGGCGCCAGCGUGGCGGUGGAGAAAGAUUCGGACGACCCGUAUUUGGAUUUCCGGCAGUCCAUGCUGCAGAUGAUUCUGGAGAAGGAGAUUUACUCAAAAGAUGAUCUGAAAGAGCUGCUCAACUGUUUCCUGCAGCUGAAUUCGCCGUACUAUCACGGGAUUAUCGUUAGAGCCUUCACGGAGAUCUGGAAUGGGGUGUACUCGGGCAGGUCCGGCUCCGGCGCCUCCCCCAACUUGCAUGGAAAUGGAAUGUGGAUGUCACGUGACUUCUAGGUGCUGCACGUGCGGUGGCGUUUGAGUUUCACUCUGACUGUUUUUAUGUAAUAAAAAUGUGAAUUAGGAGAGUGGUAGUAUUUGGGUAUGGAUAGUAGAGACCCGAAUAGUAACUGGGUUCUAAUGUUGUAAGGUUAGUUGUUUAGUAGCAUGUUAGGAAGAAGAGAUUCGAUUUUCACAGCGUUUUUGACAGCCUUAAAACAACUAUAUAUGUAAAAUGUUGUUGGAGUUGUCAAAAAUUCUGUGAAAAUUGUAAUCUUGUACUAAUUAAUUCAGUAUUAGUUGGAUUUCGCAAUGUUUUUAGUUCACACAUGGAAUUCUAUUUUUAUGCAG